AUUCUAAUGGGUGUUGAGAGGCUCGAGAAUGCAAAUCCCCAAAUUUUCUCCGUAAAACACCAUAGACGGGCGACCACGGCUGAUGAAAUGGAUGAGUCCGUUGAAGAUCCUAUAGAUGCUCUUGAAAUAUUCGAUCUUAUUCGCGACAUCAACGACCCCGAGCAUCCAUACACGCUUGAGCAACUCAAUGUCGUCCAAGAGGAACUCAUAAGAGUGCAGAAAGAUUCUAAACACACCUACGUGGAUGUGCGAUUUACCCCAACGAUUCCCCACUGUAGUAUGGCUACUUUGAUUGGGCUCGCAAUCCGCGUCAAGCUGGCUCGCUCAUUACAUCCCAGGAUUAAGUUGGCGGAUAAGGAGAGGGUCGCUGCAGCUAUGGAAAAUUCUAGCUUAAUGCAUGCGAAAUACCUUCAACGACAAAUGAAGGACGAAUUUGCAGCAAAAGCCAGGGAACAUUCAUACAGAGCUAGAUCCGCCUUCAAAUUGAUCGAGAUGGAUGAUCGGUUUAACGUUCUACGACCUGGCAUAACUGUGUUAGAUGUUGGAUGUGCUCCAGGAUCAUGGAGUCAGGUGGUUGUUGAAAGGUGUGAAUUGAAUAAGAAGAACUCCACUGGAUAUUUAUUGGGACUCGAUUUACAGUUAGUACUUCCGAUUCCUGGAGCUGACAUCUUGUCCUCUUCCGACAUUACCUCUCCUGCUGUACAUAAAAUAAUAGCUACAAAAUUGAAAGGGCGUAAUGUUGAUGUUGUGCUCAGUGACAUGGCUCCAAACCCUACUGGUGACAAUGCUACCGAUCAUCUGAGGCUGGUGAAUUUGUGCAGGACAGUAUUUCAUCUUUUCGCUCCUAGUCAGAGGUCUCCAUCGGACAGCUCCCAGGCUCCCAAUGAGCCGCUAUUCAACAUUUCCUCUGAUGGAAUGUUCAUAUGUAAAUUAUGGGACGGUGUCUAUCGACAGACUUUCAUUUUAGAGCUUCUGAAAUUUUUCAAUCAAGUGCGGGUCUUCAAGCCUAAAUCAAGCAGAGAUUCCAGUGCUGAAUUGUAUUUGAUAUGUGCCUGUAAAGAUAAAGAAUUGUGA